AUGACUCUGACCAGCCCAGUACUCCGCCUCGGUGUUGACGUCGGCGGGACGAACACCGACGCCGUUCUGCUCGACCUCUCUCCGGGCCCGCGAAGGGGCUCCGUCCUCGCGUCGGCCAAACACCCCACCACCCCAGAGGUCACGUUGGGCAUCCGCAACGCCAUCCAGUCCGUCCUGAAGCAAGCAAAGGACGUUUCGCACAUCCAGGCGCUCUCCAUCGGCACCACCCACUUCGUGAACGCUUUGGUGGAGAGGGACCCGCGUAGACUUGACAAGGUCGCCGUCAUUCGUCUCUGCGGUCCCUUCAGCAGAGGAACGCCGCCCUUCAUCGGAUUCCCCCGGGAACUCAGAGACCUGCUGGAAGGACCACAUUUCUUGCUCUCGGGCGGUCUCCAAAUUGAUGGCAGCGAGAUCUCGUCGGUGAAUAGGAAGGAAGUAGAAGAAGCAUGCGCAGAGAUUCGCAAACAGGGUAUCUCGGUCGUCGCAGUCGUCUCCGUCUUCGCACCCAUCGACUUCGAGAUCAAGCAGGAGGAACACGUCGCGUCGAUCAUCCGCGAGCUGCUCAAGGACGUCAACGUCGUCUGCUCCAAAGAAGUCGCGCACAUCGGGAUCCUAGAGCGCGAGAACGCGUCGAUCCUGAACGCGUCUCUCCUGCGCUAUGCCAAGAAGACCGUGACGGGUUUCCGCAGCGCUGCGAAGGCGCUGCAGCUGCAGUGUCCCGUGUUCAUCACGAGCAAUGAUGGCACUUUACUGAGCUGCGAACAGGCGGCUCAGCUCCCUAUCCGGACUUUCUCCUCGGGGCCUACGAACUCCAUGCGCGGUGCCGCGUUCUUAGCAUCUCUGGAGUCCGGACAUGCCAAGGGGGAGUCGGCUUUAGUGGUCGAUAUUGGAGGAACCACGACCGAUGUCGGUAUGCUCCUUCCGAGCGGAUUUCCGCGCCAGGCUGCCGCCCAUCACGAAUUCUGCGGCGUCCGCCUCAAUUUCUCCAUGCCACACGUCACCAGCAUCGGUCUCGGCGGUGGCUCCAUCGUGCAACAGAACCCAGCGACGCAGAAAGUGACGAUCGGGCCCGACUCCGUCGGGUACCGCAUCCUCUCCGAAGCCCUCGUCUUCGGCGGCUCCAUCCUCACCGCGACGGACAUCGUCGUCGCAUCGGGGCACGCGCAGGUCGGCGAGGCGUCGCUGGUCGGGCACGUCGACGCCGCGGUCGUCGCCGCCGCGGAGGCGCGCAUCCGCACGAUGCUGCAGAACGUGGUCGACGCGAUGAAGACGUCGGCGCAGGACGUGCCCGUGUACCUCGUCGGCGGCGGCUCGAUCCUCUCCCCGGACGCCCUCGAGGGCGUGAGCAAGGUCCACCGCUUCCCGCACUUUGACGUCGCGAACGCCGUCGGCGCCGCCAUCGCUCAGAUCUCUGGGAUCGUGGACUCGGUGGAAGACACGUCGGCCUCUACGGUCCCGCAGGUGCGCGCUAUCGUCGAACAGAGGGCUAUCGCGCGUGCGAUCGCGGCGGGUGCCGAUCCUAAACGGGUCGCCAUUAUCGAGAGCGAGGCUAUCCCCAUCGCCUACACCCCCGGCCGCUGCCGCUUCUACGUCAAAGCCGCCGGCGAAUGGAGCGGCUCGUCCUCAGCCACACCGGACGAUUCGGGACUAGAGCCCGUCGACACCGCUGAAACGGUCCCCACUGCGAACGGGGACGCGAAGGCGCGCACUCACGCGGUGGAAGCGCCGGAGCUUGUGACGGCGGACGACGUCCUGGCGUACAAGCCGAAGGUGCAGCGCGGGGAGUGGUUCCUCUCCGAGGUCGACCUCGAGUGGAUCUCGGAGGGCUGCUACGUCCUCGGGUGCGGAGGGGGCGGGUCGCCGUUCCACACGUUCCUGCAUCUCCGGGAGAUGGUCCGUUCUGGGGAGGUCAUCCGUGUGAUUGACCUGUCCGCUCUGGAACCCGACGCGCUCGUUGGCUGGGGAGGUGGGAUGGGUAGCCCCGAGGUGUCGGCGGAGCGACUACUUGGGGAAGAAUACAACGAAGCCACCGAUGAGCUUCUGUCCUUCCUCGGGAUGAAAAAGCUCGCAGCCUUCUGCGCUCUAGAGAUUGGUGGCGGGAAUGGGAUGAUCAAUAUGAUCCCAGCAUCAACGAAACACUACAACAUACCGUGUAUAGACGGCGACUUCAUGGGCCGCGCAUACCCGACAGGCUGGCAAACUACACCCAAUGUCUAUGACCCGAGUGGAAAGGGCCUCAAUUUGCUGCCUGCGGCUAUAUCCAGCGGUGAUGGCAACGUUAUGAUCAUGAUGAAAGCAAAGAAGGAUACCGAGAUCGACCGCGCGCUCCGUGCGGCCUGCGUCGAGAUGGGAACCCUUGUCGGACAGGCUCACCGCCCUUUAACUGCAGAAUUCCUGGAGACAAGUCUCAUAGUAAACACCGUAUCGCUAAGCUGGCGCCUCGGGCGCGCUCUCGCUCUCGCGCGGAGGCAGCACAGCAUCGCGCGCAUCGGCUCCAUCCUCGUCGAUGCACUGGGCGGGAGGAAGUCGGGCCGUGUGCUCUUCAGUGGAAAAAUCACGGAUGUGCAGCGAACGGUAUAUAAGGGCCAUACGAUAGGCAGCGUGCAUAUUGAUGCGUUCGCUGUGGACGACGAUCUCGAGGAGGAUCCUGAGUAUCCCACCGAGCGGUUCUCGGGGAGCCUUGUCAUCCCGUUCAAGAACGAAAACCUGUACGCGGAGUACCAUCCUGGAGAUGGGGCACCUUCAAAGAUCAUCGCGACCGUACCAGACCUCAUUUGUGUGCUCGACGCGCAGAGCGGGGCUGCGCUAGGCACGCCGGAAUUUAAAUACGGUCUACGCGUCCUCGUCCUCGGUAUCACCGCUGCGCCUCAGUGGACGGACACCCCUCGCGGGCUGGAGCUGGGCGACCUGCGUGCGUUCGGGUACGACGAUAUACCAUACAUUCCUCUGGGGACGUACUCUAAGCCCCGGUCUGUCAUCGAGGAGUAUAGCUAG